AAAGUUGGUAGGCGGAACCUAACGCCUGAUUGGUUACCCUCUGCAUCAAGCCAAGACAAAUCAAUUCCGGAUAAUGGAUUGAUGCAGAGCUACUGAACACAUUCCAAUACACUGGGUGGCGCUAUUCACCUCUACGUUGGUUUAGUUACACGGUUAAACAGAACUUUCAUUGCAACGGCUAAAAAUCAAGAGAAGACUCGGUCCUGCUAGCCCCAAUGUUGAGACGCUGUGUGAGGUGCAGGACAAAAUGUCUAAAAGUUGCCCGGAGCUGCUGAGAGAAGCAGCGAAUUUGAUUGAGGAAGCUCUGAGCAGAAGUCCAACGGCUCCCGCGGCACCGGUGACUCCGGCAGCUCAGUCACAGCAGAUACCGGCCGCUCAAUCACGUACACCUGUCCAAGCGGAGGUAGCAAGGCUCUUUGCGCCAUAUAACAUUGGAGCCAGAAGGAAUAUGACGAGACGACCAGCACAAGUCCAAGUUAGCCGAAGAAGCUACACACACACUGUCUGUUGUUUGGCUGACCACAAUGCGGAUAAAAUUCCAAGCGUACUGUUUAAAGCUGAACUUCUUACUUCAGGACUUGGAGAGCAAAAAGUAACAUUUUCAGGGAAUGACCACGAUCCCAUGGUUAUAACAAAUAAACUGAUGGAAGUGUUUCCGAAGCUCCAACAAGGGGGAGGCUUUGAAUUUCUAAAACUUGUAGGAUCUACUCGCAGUCGAAAUCUUGCGUUGCUUCAGUGUCCCAGCACUGGAUACACCCUUGCCUAUCUGAAAGAUCCAUCGACGAUGAUUGGACAGGCUACAAUCUACAUACGUCCACUUCAACAGGAUCUACCCUUAGAUUGUGAGAGCUCACGUCCUGCCUCUGGUCCAGUCAUCCCCUGCAUCACUUGUCAGAAGGAAGUUCCCUUUUCAGAGAUGAAGCUGCACAGAUUGAGCUGCAAUGGGACACCCAUGCAGGAAUCAGAAAGAGAACAAGAGGGGAGGCCAAAGUGA